GAGAUUUGAUUUCUCAACACACCUCUGUUGAACUGCAUUAACUGGAGAUCUACUGAAAAUAUUACUAAUCACUUGUAUUGGCUUUUGUUUUCUUCUCCCACUGCGUUUACCCCUUCUUGUUGAAGUGUGAACACUUAUUAUUUCCUGUGUUGUAUUGUGUAGUAUGUUUAUCCCAAGGCUUAAGAAGAAACAUAGAUUAAUAGCUCCGGCCAUUGGUUUUAUUUGUUGUUUUAUUUUGAUUUUGAGACUUUAUUACGUGCAGUAUGCCAUCGACGUUUUCCAACACUCUCUUGACGACACUCGAACCCACAGCUAUAAAUACCUUAUCAAUGAAUCGGAGAUUUGUAAACCUUUUCCAGAAAAAAUAUUUCUAUUAAUAGCAGUUCCUUCAAAAACGUCUGGGUUUGAAGAAAGAAGGGUUAUAAGAAAGACCUGGGGGUCGUUAGCUGUGAAUAAUACAGAAAUACGUUUGGUUUUUAUGCUGGGAUAUCGUUCAGAGAUAAACCAUCAUGAUUUAAAGAUUGAAAGUGAAAACUACCACGAUAUUAUUCAAGAGGAUUUUUACGAUAGUUACCGCAAUCUCAGUAUUAAAUCGGAAGCCAUUCUUCGUUUCGCCAGCACAUUUUGUCAGGGUGUAAAAUAUGUACUAAAGGUUGAUGUGGAUGUCUUUAUAAACCUACCGGCCUUGAUCGAAGAUUUACGUAAACAUGACAGGAGAAAUAUGAUUAUGGGAUAUCGCCAUUCGUUCGCGAAGCCUGUUCGAAACCCAAAGUUAAAGUGGUACACGGACGGGAUUGCUUAUCCAUUAGCGCAUUAUCCAAAUUAUGCAUCUGGACGGGCCUACGUUAUAUCCGGAGAUAUAACAAGCAAAUUACUCAGUGUUGCUUUACAGACAAAAUACAAUUCUGUAGAAGAUGUUUUUAUUAAUGGUAUAGUAAGGGAGCGUGCUGCAGUUAAAUUGGUUCAUCGCCGAGACUUCGGUUACAGCGACCCAUCUGUGGAUAUUUGUUGGUUUGAAAAUCAAAUUGCUGGACAACCCUAUACAAAAGAACAAAUGAUAGAAAUAUGGUCAGAAAAGGUUCAAAACAAACACUGUACAUGGCUCUUAAGACUGUAUUAUAUGUUAUAUGAUCUCUUUGUCCGUGAUUAGGUCUAUCUUUUAAUAGUUUGUUUAGCUCUGAUUGUGACCGAGCGGAAUCUCUCACCCGUAUUCCAGCACCCAUCCUCGGUUACCCAGUGUACUCAUUCCGUUCUACUCCACUAUACCCUGGGUUAAUCCAUAGGGUUUCCACGAUUUCAAAUUAUCUGCCCUGGCCUAGAAUGUAGCUACAAUCUACGAAACAAUCAGAAAACAGUUUAUAAACCAAUCGUUUCGCCUCCGUUUUUAUAUGGGUAGAUAACCAUAUUCAUGUCCAUUUACUGAAUGAUUUAUUUAUAUUUAAUUAUCAAAAUCUGUAGUAUGUUUCGCUGAUUUCAAAUAUGUAUAACAUAUAUAUGUUUGAUUUUGUUAUUAUUAUUACUAUUCGUUCUUUGUCUGAAA